GUCGUCAAGUAACCGUGUGUUUGAUAGGCAGACGACGUUUGUUUCUAUUAUGAUGAGUGUUUGCUUUAUGUUUGGAGUUUACGUUUUGAUAUUUUUUAUUAUUCUGCUGUUAAUAUAUUUUCGGACUAAAAAGCAUUUACAUUUUAAAAAGCUCACUUGGCAAAAGAAGCAUUCUUGUGUAAAGUCUGUUGGGUUUUUUCAUCCAUAUUGUAAUGCCGGUGGUGGAGGAGAACGUGUAUUAUGGACAGCUGUUCAUGCAGUUCAAAAAAAAUAUAAAGAUGUGCACUGUCUCAUAUAUACUGGAGAUGUAGCAACAUCAGAUGAGAUUCUCAAAAAUGUUGAAUUGCAUUUCAAUAUCAAGCUAUCACGGCCAGUUGAAUUUAUGUUUUUGAAAAAGCGUUAUUUUGUUGAAGCCAGAUAUUAUCCAUAUUUUACUUUACUUAUGCAAAGCCUUGGUUCUGUUAUUUUAAGUUUAGAAGCCAUUUUUAAACAUGUUCCUGAUAUUUAUAUUGAUACUAUGGGAUAUGCAUGGACACUUCCAGUAUUUAAGUAUCUUGGAGACUGCCGUAUAGCAGCAUAUGUUCAUUAUCCAACUAUUAGUACAGACAUGUUGCAUGCUGUGUCAGCCAGAAAAGUUACUGUAAAUAACAGAAUAUUUAUAUCUAAGAGCACUUUUUUUUCAUAUUUAAAGUUAUUGUACUAUACAGUUUUUGCCUAUUUAUAUGGUCUAAUGGGUAGGCAUGCUGAAAUAAUAAUGGUCAACUCUUCAUGGACAAGAGGACACAUUUUAGAAUUAUGGAAGAAACCUGCAUGUACUUUUAUAGUAUAUCCUCCAUGUGAUGUGACAGAAUUUGAAGUUAUUCCAUUGAAAAAGCAUAUAGAUAAAAACAGUUUGAGAAUUAUUUCUAUAGCACAGUUUCGACCUGAAAAAAAUCAUAAACUGCAAUUAAAUGCAUUCCACAAAUUUUUACAGAAUGUUGGCAUUGGUGAUAAUUCUGUUACAUUAGUUCUUAUUGGAAGUUGCCGAGAUGAAGAAGAUCAUCAAAGAGUGCAGGAUUUAAAAGAUACAUGUAAAACGUUAGGUAUUUCAGAAAAUGUAGAAUUUAAAAUUAACUUAACGUUCCAAGAAAUUAUACAUGAAAUGCGAAUGGCCAGUCUUUCACUUCAUACAAUGUGGAAUGAGCAUUUUGGAAUAGGAAAAAUACUCCAAUUCUCACUUUUCUUGAAAAUUUUUCGUUUAGUGUUACUGCCAUAUGGUUCCAAUAGAAACAUACUGAAUACAUAGACCUAAAACAUGUGAGUAAUUAUUAACCCAAAAUAAUAGGACCUGAAAAGGAAUCUGGACUUCCAACCAAAGUUGCAACAUGAAGCUAUAAAUAACCAAAACAGAUUUCAUGUACUUGUGGUGAUUCAUCAUAUGGAGGAAAUGGAAAGGAAAAUAAAAAUGUUCCUGUGAUAACUGAAAUGUAUUUGUGAUUUCAGAAAGUGAAAUCAUUUUAAAUAAAAUACAAUACACAGAGAUAAACUAAUGGGACUUGACAGGGGUCAAAGCAAUUUGGUUUGCAAAAUCUUUAGUGAUGGGUCACUUGGGUAGAUAUUAUCAACUGCUAAAAUAUUCGCAGCUAGUGGUGACUAAAAUGGUAGUAUAAUACAACUUGUAAUCAGUCAUUGCUAAAAGUUGUUUUAUUAAUUAUUAUGUAUAAUGAAUUUUCAAUAUUAUUAAUCUACAAAAUUCUUAUUAAAACUUUGUUACAUAGAGUUACAAUGACUAGACUGCAAAUGUAUUCACUGUAGAUCAUGAGUUUCACAUGCUUGAUGUAAAAUACGCAUUCAUUAUGAAAGAUGCUAUUUGAAAAAAAAAAAAAAUUGCAAGGUCCUUUAUCUGAUUCCAAGGAAAAUGGUCUUAAAAUUUUUCAUUCAACUUCUGUACAUUCAUUUUUGCUACAAGAAUGAUAUUGCAUCAAAAUAACAAUAGAUAUUUCGGAUAAGUAUCUUAACUGCAUUUCUCCACCUCGCUACUGAACAUAUCAAACUAGAUAGAUACAAGGCACUGUAUCAUACAUAACUUUUUAUUUUAUUAAGUUAAACAAUAUGAAGGCUAUUUCAGUUACUUUACGAAUCAAAAAAGGCUCAGCUAUGUAUGAUACAAACAUGUUAAAUUUCCAAAUCUGACCUUUUCAUCUUUUACAAUGUAUGUAUGGAAAAAGACAAUAAUUGGAAUAGCGAGCAUUUUCUGUGGCAUUUUGCAACUAUUUGAUUUUGUAGGAUAGUCUUAAACUGCUUAAUUAUAGAUUUAAAAUAUCAGUAUAGAUUUUACAGCAUAAAGCUGAUGGUAAAAUAAAAGAUACCAAAUUAAAUUUUAUAAAUGCAUUUAUUCUGUUAAAAAAUUUUUAGUAAGAUAAUGUGAUGCUAAUAAGACUUUUGAUAAAAAUUACAUGAGAUUUGUGAUUUAAAUUAAUGUUUAUUAAUUAAAUUCAAAUAUUAGAAAAAUACUGCAUAAUUGAAAAUAUUCAGAAACUGAACAACAAAAAAUUUGUGUUUAUUAUCUCAUACAUAUAUAUAAACAUAAAACAUAUAAAAUAUACACUUUUGUAAAACAUGCUGAACACAGUCAUCAAUCUGUUAUCUCCUCCACAAUUACAAUUCUGAUAUAUCUCCACUUAAAAAGUGAAAUUAUGUCAAUGAUCAUAUACAGUUAAAACUUUUGUUGAUUCAAAACUGAAUUGUUAAAAAUUUUAGUUGACUCUAAUGAAUCUAAAAAAUCUCAGUUAGAAAGAAAUGAUUUUUAAGAUACUUUCAAUUCCAACAAUCUAGCAGAGUUUUGCAAAUUUGAAUUAACAAUAGUUCUACUGUAAUUCUCCUAAAAAGUAGAUGCUUUGAUGCGAGUUUAAUUUCCAAGUUCUGAACACAAGAUUCAAUUUUUUUUUAUUUUAUUAAAUGCAAUAUUUUAGAAUAAGUGGGUUUAGUUUUCUAAUAAAUGCAAUAUUUUAAAAAUGAUUAUAAAUUUUAUUUAAUUUUUAGGAAUAGCUGAUUUGACAUUUUAAAUUUGCUGUAAUUAAGCUGAAGGAUAAACAAAACUACUGUAAAUGAUAAAAAAAGUUUUAAUAUUUGGCUAAUUUAGAUAAAUCAAUAUCUCACAAUAAAUGCAGCUUAUUCUUAGAUUAUGACGACAUUUUUAUGACAUCCUGGACUUGUAAUUUACUUUAAGCAAUGAGAAUAUUUUUUAAGGAUUUCACCUCACUGCAGUACCUGAAAAUUAAAAACUCAUAUUCAAAUAGCACCUAUUACAAAUAAAUUAGUGUGCACUUAUAAAUGUGAAAAAAUAUCAACUGAAAGAUACAUUUUGAGAUUUAAAGUGUGCUAAAAAUUGCAUGUGCAGCACAGAGUAUAUAUUAUGUCAUAUUUAUCAGACAACUAGAAAAUAUCUACUUAAUAACAAUAAUAGCUUUCCAAUGAGGACAGGAAGAUUUACAGAAAUUGAGAUCAAUAUGAAUUACAAAUUAUUCUCAAUUUCGACUAGGAAAAAUACAUAGUAUUUAGUUUUCACACAUGCUUUAAAUACUUUAUUAAAGCAUUUUUAAAGACUUAGAAAACAUUAUAUUGCAAAUAUUUAUAUACACAAUACUAAAGCUUCAUGAUAUUUUAACACCUCAUAAAUUUAAAUUUCAAUAUUCUAUACAUAUGUAUAAAAAUAAGCAUUGUGAAAGAAUAUGCCCUUUCUUAUAUUUGAAGAUAUAUAAAGAAAGCAUAAUUCACUACUUACUUAAUUCACUGUUUUACAUUACUUCUAUGGAAAUUAAUUUUUGAAGAGAAUACCUAAGUACUAAAAAAAGCCUAUGCUGAAUUUUGAUAAACAUGAAAAAGUAUUUAGUAAAAAUUAGAAAAUAUAAAGCAUUUAAUAAGAAUAUAAAUGCUCAUUUUAAACAAAAGUUAAUUGCAUAUAAAAAUUUUAUAAUUCAUCAAAACAAAAAAUAAAGUUUUACAUUUAUGGGCAUAAAAUAAGAGAUAAAAUAUCUGAAUAACAUAUAUUUGAAUUGUUUAGUACACAAUAUCUUUAAAAAUUAGGCAAAAUGAAAGUUUAGAUAGGCUUUUAGAGAAAACCGUUACAUAUCUCUAAGGAAUUUGACACAGGCUCAGCUUGCCUAAUUUUAAAAUAAUGUUUGUCUGCUUCUUUUAUAUCUACAAUAGAUCAUUCUGAAAUGAAAUUUGCAUAAGUUUCUGUGAAUAAGUGCAGUAUCCUCACACCAUGUUUUCAGAGUCAUUUUCUAUUUUAUAGAUUUAACUUUUGUUUCCAGCAUUUAGUGCUACAUUACUUCACAAUUAUUUGUUAAAUUGUUUCAUAAUUAUUCUGUUUCUUUUGAAUCUAUACAGGAAAUAUAAAUGUGUAGCAACAUAUAUAAUUGAAUAUACAUAUAUUAUAAUGCAUUUAUAUUUCCUCUAUAAAUUCAAAACCAAAUUAGUACUUUUAUUUAUUUACUUAAAAAUAAAUUAUUGAUAAUACACUCAUGUCCAAAAUUAUCU